GUGCGGCCCAGACAGUCAAAAAGGAAAAUGGAGAGGAAAAAGUUCCACCCUCACUAAAUGCAAAGAUUGCUUUCGCUAGAGCAUGGGGUUGGUGCAGCUGCCUCUGGAUGGAAUCUAUAUGGGAUUAUUAUCCUGCUGGAUUUGCGUUUUGUUUUAGGGCUACAACGUAAUGUAUUGGAAAAGCGAACAAAUGUUGGCUUGCCCCGAGGUGGAUGACAUUGAAAAUGGGUUUAACUCGACCUUCGACAGCACGGGCACAUCGGAUUACAUUUUCGGAGAUGAGUCGUAUUCACCAUCUUCGUCUUUGUCUUCCUUGACACCGCAGACAAUGGCAUCAGCCUCUCUGGGGAAAAGCCUUUGUACAAGUUGUGGUUUGGAGAUAGUUGACAAAUACCUACUCGAGGUGAACAACUUGUGUUGGCAUGUGAACUGCCUCUCGUGCAGCAUGUGCCAAACUCCUCUAGGAAGACAUGUCAGUUGCUACAUCAAAGACAAGGUGGUUUUCUGCAAACUCGACUACUUCAGGAAGUAUGGAACUCGCUGUGCCCACUGUGGCAGGAACAUGCACUCCAAAGACUGGGUGAGGAGAGCAAAGGGAAACACCUACCACCUGGCCUGCUUCGCCUGCUUCUCCUGCAAGCGCCAGCUCUCCACGGGGGAGGAAUUUGCCCUGGUGGAGGAGAGGGUGCUGUGCCGAAUCCACUACGACUGCAUGCUGGACAACCUGAAACCAGCCAUGGAAAGUGGUGUUACUGUAGAGGGAGCCCCACCAUCAGAACAAGAAGGGUCUCAUCCCAAACCAGCUAAGAGGGCCCGCACUAGCUUCACCACAGACCAGCUACAGGUGAUGCAGGCCCAGUUUGCUCAGGACAAUAACCCAGACGCUCAGACCCUCCAGAAGCUGGCAGAGAGGACUGGCCUCAGUCGCAGGGUCAUUCAGGUUUGGUUCCAGAACUGUCGAGCUCGUCAUAAGAAGCAUGUGAGCCCUCAGCACCAUGUGCCAUCUGCAGCGAUGUCGUCACUACAGCAGUCCAGGCUUUCUCCGCCUCUUAUGGAGGAUCUACACUACACAUCCUACAUACCAACAGACACACCCAUGCUUACAGCACUACACACUUACAUGGAUGUGCACUCUCCCUCCUCCCUGGUGUUCCAGCCUCUUUUAUACCAUUCCAUGACACAGCUGCCAAUCAGCCAUGCCUGAUCUUCACAUCCCGCACCCUGCAGAACCGGCCCUUACCAUUGGUUAGAAUGCUGAGGAGCCAAUGCGAAAGCCCUGUCCAUUAAAGGGUGGGGUGCAAAAUGAUUUGCUAUGGGGAUUUAUCAAAGGAGAUCAAAUUCAGAUGUUAAAUAAGGUUAUGUAAACUUGUUGUUGAUGUAUUGUACAUAUUGGUUGGCAUUUAAUUUAUUUGAGGUAUGUGACUGAGCACUUUGUUAAAAAAAAAAAAAUGUAUUAAUAAUGUGUACACUGAACAAAAAUGGAAUAUGCAACAAUUUCAAAGAUUUUUACAGAUUUACAGUUCAUAAGAAUCAGUCAAUUGAAAAAUUAAUCUAUGGAUUUCAUAUGACUGAAUACAGCUAUAUAGUGCCUUCAGAAAGUUAUUCAGACCCCUUGACUUUUCCCUAAGUUUUGUUACAUUAGCCUUCUAAAAUGGAUUAAAUAAAACAAUCCAAAGCAAUCUACACACAUUAUGGGGUAAUAAAAGGUUUAGAAAUAAACAUACCUUAUGUAAAUAAGUAUUCAGACCCUUUGCUAUGAGACUCAAUUGAGCUCUGGUGCAUCCUGUUUCCAUUUAUCAUCCUUGAGAUGUUUCUACAACUUGAUUGGAGUCCCCCUGAAGUAAAUUCAAUUGAUGAGACAUGAUUUGGAAAGGCACACACCUGUCUAUGUAAGGUCCCACAGUUGACUGCAUGUCAGAACAAAAACCAAGCCAUGAGGUUGAAGGAAUUGUCUGUAGAGCUCUGAGACAGGAAUGUGUCAAGGCACAGAUCUGGGGAAGCAUUGAAGGUUCUCAAGAACACAGUGGCCUCCAUCAUUCUUAAAUGGAAGUUUUGAAGCUGUCCGCCUGACCGAACUGAGUAAUAGAAGUGCGAACCCAAUGGUCACUGACAGAGCUCCUCUGAGGAGAUGGGAGAACCUUCCAGAAGAACAACAAUCUCUGCACCACUCCACCAAUCAGGCCUUUAUGGUAGAGUGGCCAGACGGAAACCACUCCUCAGUAAAAAGGCACAUGGCAGCCUGAAUGGAGUUUGACAAAAGGCACCUAAAGAAUCUGACCACGACAAACAAUAUUCUCUAGUCUAAUGAAACCAAGAUUGAACUCGUUGGCCUGAAUGCCAAGCAUCACAUCUGGAGGAAACCUGGCACCAUCCCUUCGGUGAAGCAUGAUUGUGGCAGCAUCAUGCUGUGGGGAUGUUUUUCAGCGGCAGGGACAAGACAGGAUUGAGGCAAAGAUGAACUGACAAAGAACAGAGAAAGAUCCUUACUGAAAACCUGCUCGAGCGCUCAGGACCUCAUUCUCGGGCGAAGUUUCACCUUCCAACAGGACAACGACCCAAAGCACACAGACAACACAGGAGUGGCUCUGGACAAGUCUCUGAAUGUCCUUGAAUGGCAGAGACUUGAACCCGAUCGAACAUCUCUGAAGAGACCUGAAAAUAUCUGCAGCAAUGCUCCCCAUCCAACCUGACAGAGCUUAAGAGGAUCUGCAGAGAUGAAUGGGAGACACUCCCCAAAUACAGGUGUGCCAAGCUUGUAGGGUUAUACCCAAGAAGACUGAGGCUGUAAUCGCUGCCAAAGGAGCUUCAAAGUAAAGGGGUCUGAAUACUUAUUUAAAUGUGUUGGUUUAUUUAAAAAACAUUUCUUAACCUGUUUUUGCUUUGUCAUUAUUGGGUAUUGUGUUUAGAUUAAGGGGGAAAUCAACUAUUUAAUCAAUUUUAUAAGGGUGUAACCUAACAAUCAUUUGUAGAAAGUUAAGGGGUCUGAAUACUUUCCAAAUGUACUGUAUAUCUGGUCAUGAAUCCCUUAAAUAAAAAGGUACAAUAUGGGCAGGGAUCAGAAAACCAGUCGGUAUCUGGUGUGACCACCGUAAGUCUCAUGCAUAUCUCCUUUACAUCAGGCUGUUGAUUAUGGCCUGUGGAAUGUUGUCCUACUCUUCAAUGGCUGUGCAAAGAUUUUGGAUAUUGGCGGGAACUGAAACAUGCUCAAUGGGUGACAUGUCUGGUAAGAAUGCAGACCAUGGACGAACUGCAACAUUUUCAGCUUCCAGGAAUUGCGUACAGAUCCUUGCCACAUUGGGCCUGUGCAUUAUCAUGCUGAAGCAUGAACUGAAGGCGGCGGAUGAAUGCCACAACAAUGGGCCUCAGAAUCUCAUAACAGUAUCUUUGUGCAAUUGUGUUCGUUGUCCGUAGCUUAUGCCUGCCCAUACCCACACCACCACCACGGGGCACUCUGUUCACAACGUUGACAUCAGCAAACCUGCAAGCCCACACAACGCCGUCUGCCGUCUCCCGGGUACAGUUGAGACCGGGAAGAUGGUUACGACGCCGAACUGCAGAAAUUUUGCGUUUGUGCAAACCCACAGUUGCGUCAGCAUUCCGAGUGGCUGGUCUCAGACGAUUCCGCAGGUGAAGAAGCCGGAUGUGGAGGUCCUGGUCUGGCGUGGUUACACGUGGUCUGCUGUUGAGUCCGGCUAGACAUACUGCCAAAUUCUCUAAAACAAUGUUGGAGGCAGCUUAUGUAGAGAAAUGAACAUUGAAUUCUCUGGCUACAGCUCUGGUGGACAGUCCUGCACUCAGCAUGCCAAUUGCAUGCUCCCUAAAAACUUAGACAUCUUUGGCAUUAUGUUGUGACAACUUCACAGUUUAAAGUGGCCUUUUGUCCCCAGCACAAGGUGCACCUGUGUAAUGAUCAUGCUGUUUAAUCAGCUUCUUCAUAUGUCAAACCGGUCAGGUGGAUGGAUUAUCUUGGCAAAGGACAAAUGCUCACUAACAUGGAUGAAAAAAAACUUGAGCACAAAAUUUGAGAGAUCUGCUUUUUGUGCAUAUGGAACAUUUCUGUGGGACCAACACUUUACAUGUUGCGUUUAUAUUUUUGUUCAGUGUAUUUUUGUUCAUGUAUAAAUGUAUUUAUGUUUGGACACACCUACUCAUUCAAUGUUUUUUCUUUAUUUGACCAUUUUCUACAUUGUAGAAUAAGAGUGAAGACAAACUAUGAAACACAUGUAAACAAAAAAAAAGUGUUAACCAAAUCUAAAUACAUUUUAUAUUUGAAAUUCUUCAAAGUACACUUGGCAUUCUCUCAACCAGCUGCAUGAGGAAUCAUCUGGCCAGGUCAUCUGAUGCAGCACCAUCACUCUUCUUCUUGGUCAAAUAGCCCUUACACAGCCUGGAGGUGGGUUUUGGGUCAUUGUCCUGUUGAAAAACAACUGAUAGUCUCACUAAGAGCAAACCAGAUGGGAUGACGUAUUGCUGCAGAAUGCUGUGGUAGACAUGCUGGUUAAGUGUGCCUUGAAUUCUAAAUAAAAUCACUGACAGUGUCACCAGCAAAGCACCCCCACACCAUCUCCUCCAUGCUUCACGGUGGGAACCACACAUGCAGAGAUUAUCCGUUCACCUACUCUGCAUCUCACAAAGACACUGCGGUUGGAACCAAAAAUCUCAAAUUUGGACUCAGACCAAAAUGAUAUAUUUCCACCGGUCUAAUGUCCAUUGCUCGUGUUUCUUGGACCAAGCAAGUGGCUUCU